GAUCAUUUUUUGCUAUUCCACUACAGUUGUACUUGUGAGCACGAUGGCAGAGGAAAUCGUAAGCAGGGUGAUUUCAUUUGCUACUGAGCUGAUCGGCAAUGCUCGGAGCUGCAAGGAGGAGCUGAGAGGGCUUGUUGAAUCAUUAACCAUGAUUCGAGCUGUUUUGACUGAUGCCGAGAGAAGACAAGUGAGAGAUGAGUCUGUGAAGCUUUGGCUCCAAAAGCUUGAAGAUGUUGCUUAUGAAGCUGACGAUGUGCUGGACGAGUUUAUGUACGAGAAUCUCCGGCAAAAGAUAGAGGUCGAAAACGAAAGGAAGAGAAAGGUAAACUUCCUCGACCCAUUUAUUUUCAGUCUCUCCAUGGCGAAAAAAAUUAAGGCUGUUCAGGAAAAACUAGCAAAAGUAAAUGGGUUGGUAAAUGGGUUUGGACUUGCUAGAAUAUUGUCAGUAGAUUCAAAUGUUGAGAUUGUUCCAACUAGAGAGACAGACUCCUUUCUUGAUCAUUCAGAAGUUGUAGGAAGGAAAAGUCAAGUUUCAAAAAUAGUGAGCUUGCUGACUAGUGCAACCAAUCAACAACUCUCCGUCAUUCCUAUAGUCGGCAUGGCUGGUUUGGGAAAGACAACUUUUGCAAAACUAGUGUACAAUCAUGAGCUAGUAAAAAAACAUUUUGAUAAGACAAUGUGGGUAUGUGUCUCUGAUGAUUUUAAUGACAAAAAUAUUUUAAGAGGGAUUCUUGAAUCCCUUACCAAUAACUCAAGUCUUUCAGUAAGUAAGAAUACGGUACUUCAAAACCUUCAAAAAGAGUUGCAGGGGAAAAAAUAUCUUCUAAUUCUUGAUGAUGUAUGGAAUGAAGUUCUACUAAAAUGGGAUACAUUAAGGGAUUGCUUGUUAGGAAUUAUGUCAAAUACUGGAAACAGUAUUAUUGUUACAACCCGUAGUGACAAAGUGGCAGAAAUCAUGGAGACACAUCCCCGGCAUCACUUAGAAAGACUACCUGAGGCAGAAUGCUGGUCCAUAAUCAAGAAAAAAGUAUCUUCAACUCCAUUAACUCCAGAUUUGGAGGCUAUCGGAUAUGAUAUUGCCAAAAAAUGUGGAGGGGUCCCAUUAGCAGCAAAAGUCCUAGGAGGGACAAUGGCUCGUAAAAAAGUCAAAAAUGAAUGGUUAGCAAUUCAAAACAAUGAAAUUUGGAAUUACCCACAUGUUAGCCAUGAAAUGUUACCAAUAUUAAAAUUGAGCUUUGAUCAUCUGCAAUCACCAUCUCUUAAAAAAUGCUUUGCAUAUUGUUCAAUUUUUCCUAAAGAUUACAUGAUUGCAAAGGAAGAGUUAAUUCAGUUUUGGAUGGCUGAAGGGUUCCUUCAACCAUCUCAAGGAAGUUGUGUGGUAAUGGAGGAUAUUGGUAACAUGUAUUUUGAUAUCUUGUUGGCAAAUUCCUUAUUUCAAGAUGAGAAAAAGGAUGAGUUUGAUAAUAUUAUCAUUUGCAAGAUGCAUGAUUUGGUACAUGAUCUUGCACUCUCAGUUUCAAAAUCUGAGACCUUAUUUUUGAAUAAGGAUUUGGAGGGUGACAUCAGUUACACACGAUAUUUAUUUAUCGAAUCUGAUGGUAAAAUUAUACCAAGAAUUCCAUCUUCAAAAGAUGAUGUUAGGAGAUUGCGCACAUUUGUUUCUAAAAAUGUUGUGCUUGGCAACACGUUAUUAAAUUUUAAUUGCUUACGUGUUCUAAAAUUAAAUGGAAACUCUAUAAAAGAAUUGCCAAGUUCAGUUGGCCUUUUAGUACAUUUGAGGCUUCUCAGCGUCGCAAGUUUAUCCAUCAGAGCAUUACCAAAGUCCAUCACCAAACUCUACAAUUUGCAAACUUUAAGAAUCGAAGGUUGCCAAAAUGUCAGAGAGCCUCCUGAAGAUCUAAAACAAUUGAUAAACUUAAGGCAUAUUUAUAUCCCUUAUGGCUUUUAUGAAAAACUUAAGGAUAUAGGGCAAUUGACGUGUCUGCAAACAUUGCCAUGUUUUAUUGUGGGUCAAGAUGCAGAGAAGAAGCCCGAAAAGCAAAUUUAG